CACAUAAACUUUUGUUCUCGAGGAGUUUGUUUUUGCCGGGAGAGGUCGCAUGCUUUAACACAACAGCAAUGGGAUGAGUCUCGCGAAGCAGGAGGAAACCGACUUGAACAGUCAUGUAGUUACAUCCAAAACUUCAUGUUAACAACAGCAAAGCAUUUUGGAGAAACCUCAUCCAUGUUAUGAACGCGCAAUUGCGCUUUUGGUUACGGGAGUUGUAGCUUCGACCCGUCGAGAGAACCAGCCCAACACAGAAGAGCUAUAGGACCCGACCAUGUGCGAGUUAGUGAUGCAGUCCUGCCUCAUGGACCAAAAAAGUAGCUUUUUUAAGCUGAUCGACACAUUCUCCUCGGAGAUCUUGGAGCUAAAGCAGGAGAUGGUCCAGCCAGCCAGAGAACCAGAGAGUGAGAUAUUACAAGGGCUGGAAGGAGAGGUCAGUGGCCUGUUCCUGCAAUCUACUGCCUGCGCUGGCGCGCCAGGAGUGAGGGAUUCUGGGUAUGACUCUCUUCGCAGACGCAUGAGCAUCCUGGACAGACUGAUGCAGACGCACUCUGUAUGGCUGCUGCUGUCACUCUGCGAUGAGGAGGCCAGGCGCAUUUUGCAGCCGCAACCAGCAGGGAGUUUUGUGGUGAGAAGGUGUGCAAAACUGCAGAAAAAGGUGAUUUCCAUGCGGAUGGAUAGUGACACACACGUAGUUCGGGACUUCCCAGUUAAAGAGAGUCAAUACACCUUUUCCCUGGAGGGCUCAGGAAUCAGCUUCGCAGACCUUUUUCGACUGGUGGCUUUCUGCUGUAUCAGCAGGGACGUCCUCCCCUUUACCCUGAAGCUCCCAGAGGCCAUUAGUGCAGCAAAGACACCUACAGAUCUCGAGCAGGUGGCUCAGUUAGGAAGAGGUUUCUGGGACUCUGAGCUGUGCAGUAAGAAAAAGCAUUCUGUUACCGAAGAGCCUGUUCGUGAAAGUUUACAGCAGAGAUUAAAACAGUGGGACAGCAAGGUUUCCCCAAGAGACAGUGUCCCAGUGAUCCCACACACUCGCACUCCAUCUGAGCUUGAAUGCAGUCAGUCCAACGGAGCAUUGUGCUUCAUCAAUCCCUUAUUCCUCCAGACACACAAGCCCAACCCCAAUCCAUCGCCCGAGAAUCCAGAAACAUCAACAUCCUCAGGCAACAAAGAGCGCCAGCAGAACGGGAAGAGCAGCGUCCUCUUUCGUGCAAGCAGCAAGCACGUCAAAACCAACUUUGGUUUGAAUAAAUCCAAAAGUACAUCACGCUCCCCACCACCUCGGCCCCCACCUCCCCGCUUCGGCUCUGGCAGAUCGGGCAUCCUUCGUAAACAGAAGACCAUGCCCGAGACAGUCAGCUGGAUCAAAACACCUCAGGAAAAGACCGGCCUGCUGGGGAGAUUGGGUUCCUCCUUAAAUUCCUUAUCUCCAUCAUCCUCUCCACCCAAAAGGUUCAGUAAACCCAUCCAGGUGCCUUCAUCCCGCAAUAAGAAUUCUUCAACUCUGCUUGAUGCAGAUGGUCUCCGCUGCCAAAUGGCUCUGGACGAUCAGACCAUUGAGGAAGCAGUGUCUUGGAGCUUGGCCAGGCUCAACUCUAAUGCCGUGGAGAGCGGAAGCCCCGCGGACGAGCACACGACCACUGGACGAGAACGGCUGAGUGACAUCAGCAUCUCCACCUCGUCCUCAGACUCUCUAGACUUCAAUCACAGCUUCUCGCUGCCCAUGGAAGCCAGUAGCUCUAUGACCGAACGCCCCACCGGAGACAGCAGCCUGGAGGAGGAAGAAGAGGACGAUGGCAUCAACUUGGAGAGCGACCAGGAGGUUCCACCACCUUUCAAGUCAAAGAAGCGGCACCAUGCCGGCACAUUCGCGCUGCCACUUUCACUGAGAGGACGUUUCCGCAAGAUGAGCAGCGUUUUUAACUCUUUGAUGACGCCUGAGAAAAGAGCUAUUCGGAAGAUCGUGGAGCAGUCCAGGGAUAAAGGAACUUACUUUGGCUGCCUGGUGCAGGACUACUUGAGUUUCUUACAGGAGAACUGCAGCUGCCACACGUCAGGCUUGGAUCUUUUGCAGACUGUCAGACAGUUUAUGACACAGAUGAAGUCCUACCUGCUGCAGAGCUCCGAGCUUGACCCACCUAUUGAGUCUCUCAUUCCAGAAGACCAGAUUGACCAGGUGAUGGAGAAAGCCAUGCACAAAUGUGUGCUGAAGCCCCUGAAACCUGUGCUAGAAGCCGCUCUGCAGGACUUCCAAAAUAGCAGCGGGACUUGGCAGCAGUUGAAAGAAAAUCUGGUUUUGGCCAAAGCCAAGCAGCCUCAGGAGAUGGGUGUGGACGGGGGCAUUUCCCCUGACCCCGUAGCAAUAGAGAAAAUUCGCCACAAGUUCCAGAACAUGUGCAAGAUGUACUCACCUGAGAAGAAAGUGUUUAUGCUUCUCGGUGUUUGCAAACUUAUCUACACCAUAAUGGAAAACCACUCAGGGAGGAUGUAUGGGGCGGAUGAUUUCUUACCUAUGCUGACAUAUGUGGUGGCCCAGUGUGAUAUGCCACAACUAGAUGCUGAAAUCGACUACAUGAUGGAGCUUCUGGACCCAUCACUGCUCAAUGGAGAAGGAGGAUAUUACCUGACCAGUGCAUAUGGAGCAAUGUCUCUCAUCAAGAACUUCCAGGAGGACCAGGCAGCCCGUGUACUGAGUUCUGAAACCCGUAACACACUGCACCAGUGGCACCGCAGACGCACAGCUCAACGUACCACUCCAUCUGUGGAUGAUUUCCAGAACUACUUGCGGGUGGCACUGCAAGAUGCAAGUAGCGGCUGCACUGCCAAAACCCUUCAGGUGCAGCCGUACGCCACAACGGAAGACGUGUGCCAGAUAUGCGCGGACAAGUUUAAAGUUUCGGAUCCGGAGAACUACGCCCUGUUCCUCUUGACGGACGAAACCACACAGCAGUUGGCACCGGACACUCACCCACAAAAGAUUAAGGCUGAACUUCACAGCCGUCCACAGCCGCAACCGUUUUACUUCGUUUACCAUCAAAUCAAAAACCUCAGCUUCACUGACCCUUCAGACGAGCUUAAUGGUAACACUGUGUCCAACUGAGAAAGAGCCAAGUCUGGUUUCCUACGGGUCCUCUCCAAACUCCUUUUCGGCCUUAUUAUUCAUCUGCUUCCAUAACAACACUGCUAACGUCUGCAUUUGAAGAGGGAAGCGGAAAAUGUGUUUGGAGGAAAAAAGGGAAGGAAGAAUGUGUCUGACAGAUGCAGCGCUUUUUGUAUGCCUUGUCUUUACUAUUUCAAAACGUUUCGGGAAGUGGCACGUGACCAUCACGAGAGUAGCUGAACAGCGAAUGCUCAAUUUCAUCAAUGUACAAACUACAUUCAGGUUAAAAGGUUAUCAGCGACUUUGGCGUGUUUCUGUUGUCUCCUUGAGCUUUGCACAUUCUGCAUGAUGCCAGAUACUUUGAAUGCUUUCUGAGGGAUGCGCCUUUCGUUUCCUCAAAGUCCUACAUAUCUCCCCGGUUUGUUUGUUUGUUUGUUUGUUUUUGCUAUGGUGAUACAUUGUGGCAUUGUUUAUGACUGCUUUGCCAAAUGUGAGGCACUGCUUGGUGCUUUAACUGGACACAUUUUUGCACAAAGUGAAGAAUUUGUUAGUUCUUCCGUUGGCAUUUUUGCAGAGCUCUACGCUAAUGUGGACAUCUCGGUCACCAAGGACAUUGUGGACAUCUUUAUAUGAAUCCAGUUUAAUUUUCUAAUGUAAACCUUCCAUGAUAUUUUUGCAGUUGCUGGUAAACUGCAUUUUACACGAA